AUGAGUAGUAGCAACUUUAGCGUGUUUGAGACAAUAAUCUAUGGUCACCCACUUUGCGAUGGAUGGACCAACAAUACAGAGGGUGCCAUUUACCAUCUGGGUAACACCAUCCUCUUUUUAGGGUACAUGGGAGGCAGCGGAGCUUAUGGAGCACUGUACAUUUUUAGUUUCUUGGCUCCUGCAUUCAUGUGUUUAGCACUGUGGGGUUGGCUCACAGUGUGUGGCCUUGAUGUCUUCCUCUGGAACGUGCUACUGAUGCUGCUCUGCCUGGCCCAGGUGUGCCAUCUAAUAUUCCGUCUAAUGCGGGAUGGUGUGGCUAAGGAGGAUCUUUCGUCUCUCUACUCUGCAGUCUACCAGCCCCUGGAUGUACCUGUGCAGGUGUUCAAAGAGAUCACAGAUGCCUGUGAGAACAAGGUGCUCUCUCUCAAGGCUGAGGAGACUUACGCUAUAGAGGGAAAAACACCUAUCGAUCGGCUUUCCUUUCUGCUCUCUGGAAGGAUUCGAGUAUCUUUAGAAGGUCAGUUCCUUCAUCACAUAUUUCCUCAUCAGUUCCUCGAUUCUCCAGAAUGGGAAUCCCUUAGACCAACCGAGGAGGGAAAUUUCCAGGUGACUCUAACGGCAGAGAUGGAUUGCCAAUACAUCUCCUUUCGCCGGAGACGCCUUUAUCUCCUUCUGGCAAAGGAUCGCUACAUUGCUCGUCUCUUCUCUGUCAUGCUUGGAAAUGACAUUGCAGACAAACUCUAUUCUCUUAAUGACAAACUCUUUGCCAAAAGUGGGGUACGCCUUGACAUUCGUCUGCCCAGCCUCUACCAUGUACUUGCUCCUUCACCACCAAGCAGUGAGGGGGGCAGUGCCAGUUCUCCACACAGGGGAAGCCAAGGAAAUCAGACAGUUGUGCCAAUAGACCCAAUACCUGGCAACCAGCAUGUAGAUUCUGCAGUCUCUAAACGAGGACCAGGGAAGGACCCACAUCCGAAAGUUCCGGUCUCUCAGCAACCCUCUAUGUGGCCCUCGGACACUGAGAUGCCCUUGGGUGAGGACUCAACCAGCCUAGUUCUUGAGGACUUUGCUGAUAUGAUAGGCUCUCUAGUGGACUAUGGGAGUGAGAGGGAUUAUUUAAAAUAG